UACAAGACCUGCUGGUCACAACAGAAUACAACCUUGUCAUCAGUUCUCGCCUGCAAGGCGUACUCUGCAGACAUUCCUGCUCAUUCAUUCGAGGACUUUACAGACGAGUUGCAGAGCGUGGAUGAUUGGUCUGUUGAGCCCGGAGAUGAUGAGCUGGUUACCAGAGGGUCAAGGUUGCUCGUUCGCCUUGCUCGUCUUUUUUAGUGCACUCUUACUAGCGCAACAGUACGGUUCGGAGUAUAAGAGAAUUGUUUUGGAUAACCACAUCAUCGCACAAGUGAGGGACAUGACCUUUGUUGAUGACAUGGUGAAUGUCCGGAUGCUGGAUAUAGUGUAGCUGCGAAGCACGGGACAUUUUCAUUUCAUACAUUGACAACAUUUCGAUAUGAACAGUAUCUCUGGAAUUUUGCAUUGUAUCAAUCUCGAUAUAUUGCCUCGUAAGGACUCCCUAAAACUGUACACUCGUUCGGUCUUCUUAGCGCGCAAAUUUGAAGUGCGACGUUGAUGUCAAAACUCGGCAGUUCGCCAACAGUUCACAAGGUCUGAAUGGAUGCGAGACCGUGCUGAGAUACUGCAAGGGAAGAUCGCAGGACGGCGAACCACUCCCGUGGUGAACGUAGGAGUAAAGCUGAUCACUUUGCCCUGGUCAUCUUUGGCAGAAGAAAUAUCCAAUGUGGCCAACAUAGUC